AGUCUUCGCUCGACUGUUCCCCGAAACAGUACGUUUCAGAUUGUUAACCGAAUUCAUUAAAUAACCCGAAUUAGUUUUUCUUUUGUGUGUGUGACUAUUUCGUAUUUUUUUUGAGUACAAGUGAAUUGAAAGUCGUGAUUAAAGUGAAGCCAUGUCAGCCAAAGCAAUUCGUGAAGCGACUGGUAAGGAGUUGAUAAACAAGUACUUGGAAGGUGGAAAUGAAAUUGGCGUCCAGAAGAGUCGAUUUGCUUCCGUAACUGAGUCAACAGAUUGGAGUCAAUUGCUUGCUGAUCAUCCAUGGUUAGAGACAACGCCUUUGGUUGUGAAACCAGAUCAGUUAAUUAAGCGUCGUGGCAAACUUGGCCUAAUAGCUGUUAAUAAGAACUUCCAACAAGUCAAACAAUGGGUGAGCGAACGAAUGGGAAAAGAUCAGAAGAUUGGAAAUGCCACUGGAAAGUUGAGAAGUUUCAUCAUCGAACCUUUCAUUCCCCACAAGGACGUUGAAGAAGCUUACGUUUGCAUUUAUUCGCACAGAACAGCUGACACGAUUCUUUUCUAUCAUCAAGGUGGAGUUGACAUUGGCGAUGUUGAUUCCAAAGCAUUAAAACUCGACGUUUCCGUUGGUUCGAAUACAACACUCGAGAACAUUGAAAAAGUUUUAUUAAAAGAAAUUCCAGCUGCUAAGAAAACACGUGUCGCCAAGUUUGUUCACUCAUUGUACCAACUUUACGUUGAUCUCUACUUCACGUAUUUGGAAAUUAAUCCUCUUGUUGUCACUGAUAACUCGAUUUACAUUCUUGACUUGGCUGCAAAAAUUGACGCAACUGCUGACUUCAUUUGCCGUCCAAAAUGGGGUGAAAUUGAAUAUCCGCCACCAUUCGGACGUGAUGCAUAUCCGGAAGAAGCUUAUAUCGCUGAUUUAGAUGCAAAAUCAGGUGCAUCAUUGAAAUUGACAAUUUUAAAUCGAAAUGGACGAAUCUGGACGAUGGUUGCUGGUGGUGGUGCGAGUGUCAUCUACUCAGACACGAUUUGUGAUCUUGGAGGUGCAUCAGAGUUGGCAAAUUAUGGUGAAUACAGCGGUGCACCAUCAGAACAACAAACGUAUGAGUAUGCGAAGACAAUUUUAAAUCUUAUGACGUCAUCACCGAAACAUCCUGAAGGAAAAGUUCUCAUAACUGGUGGUGGAAUUGCUAACUUUACGAAUGUCGCUGCAACAUUUAGUGGAAUUAUAACUGCACUUCGUGAAUAUCAAACAAGAUUGAUUGAACACAAUGUGUCAAUUUUCGUUCGUCGUGCCGGUCCAAACUAUCAGGAAGGCCUUCGCAAAAUGCGCGAGAUCGGAAGCACACUUGGCAUUCCGCUUUUUGUGUUCGGCCCUGAAACUCAUAUGACUGCAAUUUGCGGUAUGGCUUUGGGAAAGAAACCAAUCCCGAAGAACACAGACGUUCACUUUGCCACUGCAAAUUUCUUGCUUCCUGGCGGACAACAACAACAAGAACAGAAAAAAAUGAUGACUAGUCAGACAAGUCAAUUGGAUGGUACGACUGGAGGAUCAUCAGCAUCAGCCAGAACACCACGUGGAUCAAGUGUACCAACUGAAUAUCGCAAGAUGUUCACAAAAACAACAAAAGCAAUUGUUUGGGGCAUGCAAACAAGAGCCGUCCAAUCAAUGCUUGAUUUCGACUUCAUUUGUCGUCGUGAUGAACCUUCAGUUGUUGCAAUGGUUUAUCCAUUUACCGGAUAUCAUCGUCAGAAGUUUUAUUGGGGACAUAAAGAAAUUCUCAUUCCUGUUUAUAACAAAAUGUUAGACGCAUGCACAAAGCAUAAGGAAGUUGAUGUUUUAGUGAAUUUCGCUUCACUUCGAUCAGCUUACGAGUCAUCAAUGGAAGUUGUUAAUGAUUUCCCACAAAUUCGUACAAUUGCCAUUAUUGCUGAAGGAAUUCCCGAAAAUAUGACAAGAAAACUCAACACAGAAGCAACGAAGAAAGGCGUUUCAAUUAUUGGACCAGCAACUGUUGGUGGCGUUAAACCAGGAUGCUUCAAGAUUGGUAACACUGGUGGAAUGUUGGAUAACAUUCUUCACUCAAAACUUUAUCGUCCUGGAAGUGUCGCCUACGUGUCACGAUCUGGUGGAAUGUCAAAUGAACUCAACAACAUCAUCAGUAACACAACUGAUGGCGUAUGUGAAGGCGUAGCAAUUGGCGGGGAUCGCUAUCCAGGAACAGUUUUUAUGGAUCACAUCAUGCGAUAUCAACACGACGACGAUUCAAAGUUGAUCGUUUUACUCGGUGAAGUUGGCGGUAUUGAAGAGUAUGAAGUUUGUGCAGCAUUGAAAGACGGACGAAUCACAAAGCCGAUGAUUGCAUGGUGUAUUGGAACAUGUGCUGGAAUGUUCACAUCAGAAGUUCAAUUCGGUCAUGCCGGUUCGUGUGCUCAAUCCGAUAUGGAAACAGCUGUCGCAAAGAACAAAGCACUUGCUGAAGCUGGAGCUCAUGUGCCAGAUUCAUUCGAUUCACUUGGUGAUUUAAUUGCUCAUGUUUAUGAAGAUCUUGUGGCAAGUGGACAAAUUGUGCCAGUCGAAGAAGUUCCACCGCCGACCGUUCCAAUGGAUUACAAUUGGGCACGUGAAUUGGGAUUGAUUCGUAAGCCUGCAUCAUUUAUGACUUCAAUUUGUGAUGAACGUGGACAAGAACUUUUAUAUGCUGGCAUGCCAAUCUCUGAUGUUCUCACGAAGAAUGUCGGCAUUGGCGGUGUCGUUUCACUUCUUUGGUUCCAGCGAUGUUUGCCACCGUACGUUUGUAAGUUCUUUGAAAUGUGUUUGAUGGUGACAGCUGACCAUGGACCAGCUGUUAGUGGAGCUCACAACACCAUCGUUUGUGCUCGUGCUGGUAAAGAUCUUGUGUCGUCUGUUGUGAGCGGUUUAUUGACGAUUGGCGAUCGCUUUGGUGGUGCACUUGAUGGCGCUGCAAAACAAUUUUCAGAAGCAUAUGACUCAAAUAUGCAUCCAAUGGAAUUUGUAAACUCAAUGAGAAAGAAGGGACAACUUAUUAUGGGAAUUGGACAUCGUGUUAAAUCAAUUAACAAUCCCGACAUUCGUGUAAAAAUUAUUAAAGAAUUCGUGUUGGCAAAUUUCCCAGCGAAGCCACUUUUGGAAUAUGCAUUGGAAGUUGAGAAAAUCACGACCAGUAAGAAACCGAAUUUGAUUCUUAAUGUCGAUGGUGUCAUUGCCACGAGCUUUGUUGACAUGCUGAGAAAUUGUGGAGCUUUUUCAAGUGAGGAAGCUCAAGAAUAUAUCAACAUUGGAGCCAUUAACUCGCUUUUCGUGCUGGGUCGCAGUAUCGGCUUUAUUGGCCAUUACAUGGAUCAGAAACGAUUGAAGCAAGGACUUUACCGACAUCCAUGGGACGACAUCUCAUAUGUCAUGCCCGAGCAAUAUAAUUAAUCACAUCAAGAGCUGUUUCAUGUUGUUUUUAAUCAAAUCCACUGUAGAACGAAAUCACAAAGUAGCAUUUAAAUGCAGCACAUGUACGCACACCAACUGUUUGUUAUUAUCAGCAUUUAAAAGAGUAUCUUAGAUGAAAAAACUAAAAAGAUAUGAACGAAAAAAUUAUAAAUCAAUAUUUUGGAUGUUUUUGCACCGUGUUAUAAAAAAAAAUAUUAUAUAAAUAGUAACGUAAUUAAUUUUGCACCACGAAUGAGAAUAAGAAAAGAAAAAAUUAACAAAAAGAUAAAAAAAAGAUGUUGGUAGAGCAGUAAAAAUAUUAAUUAACAUUCCUCGUUAUGGAACAUAGCAGCUUAAAGCAAAUCAGAAAAACAAUUGUACUCAUUCUUGUUUCAAUUAGUUUGUAUUCUUCUUCUUACCCAAUCACCAUAAGCUGAUGAUGAAGAUUUUUUAAGAUUAUUUAAGAUUUUUAUUUGGGUUUUUUUGUACAAUUUAAGUUACGACGAACGAUUUUAUCGUUGAUUUUGUUUUAGUUGAAUUUAAAAAAUAAAGAUUUCAUUUCUUUCUGAUCUAAUCAA